AAAUAGUAGUACUAGAUAUUGGAGUAAUCAACUGCGAAACGCGUAUACAUGUGUAUCUAUAAGUUCAGUUGAAAUUGAGUGCUUCUCUCUCUCUCUCUCUUGAAUCGAUUGAAGCUCUGACCAGAAACAGUUGCCUCUAACAGACCACACUUAGUCCAAUAAUUCUUGGUUGGACUUCAAAACAAUGUACCCCGGUGGCUAUACUGCAGAAGUAACUACCCUAUCUCCUAGAGCAACGGAGAAGGACGUCAAAGAAUUUUUUGCAUACUGUGGUGAAAUUGAACACGUGGAAAUAAUAAGAUCAGGUGAAUAUGCUUGUACUGCCUAUGUGACAUUUAAAGAUGCCUAUGCUCUGGAAACAGCUGUCUUGCUCAGUGGAGCUACAAUUGGAGAUCAACGUGUAUGCAUAACACGAUGGGGGACAUAUGAUGAUGAAUCAGAUCCGUGGAACAACCCGUCAUGGAAUCCAAGAGCUGAAAAUAGUUCAUCGACCACUCAUACGAACCAGUUUGUUUCUACCCCGGGGGAGGCUGUCACUGUGGCACAAGAAGUUGUCACAACCAUGCUAGCAAAGGGGUUCACAUUGACCAAAGAUGCAUUAACAAAAGCCAAAGCUUUGGACGAGUCCUACCAAGUCUCAUCCACAGCAGCAGCCAAAGUCGCAGAGCUCAGCGAUAGAAUCGGUCUCACGGAUAAGAUUUUUGCGGGCAUGGAGGUUGCCAAAUCUGUGGACCAAAAAUACCACGUUUCAGAAACAACCAUGACAGCUGCAUCUUAUACUGGGAGAACAGCCAUAGCAGCUGCCACUGCUGUUGUCAACAGCAGUUAUUUUUCGAGAGGAGCUCUUUGGGUUUCAGACGCUCUCGAACGUGCAGCCAAGGCUGCAGCUGAUUUGGGUACCCAGGGUGUUAAAAAGUGAGGUUUUUUCAUCAAUAGACGCAUGUUAUCCGGUAGCGAUAGAGGAAUGUUUAUAUUAAUUACAUAUUUACGUUAAGUUUUCUAUGUAAAUCUGGAGUCUCUGAAUGUUGUGUAGCAACUUAGAAUCUUGUUUGGUAAUCAUAUGUUCCUUAUUUGUUUGCGA